ACUGUCCACUUUUCUUACCAGUGACAAUUUCCCGAUAACAUAACCAAAUAAAACUGGUUGAUUUCGAUUAUUUACCGCACUCCAUAUAUAUCGGCUUCAGAGGCGCUUCUAGUCACGAGUCGUGCAUAAUUCCUUUGGAAAAAUUUACACUUCUUUGACAGCCGCACUUCCACAAAAAUGUCGUUACGCUGGGGUAUAGUAUCCGCGGGCAAGAUCUGUCACGAUUUCGUGAACGCUUUCAACUCUUACCCGCAUGUCGGCGACCAGGUUAUAGCCGCGGUUGCCGCGGGCGACCAGGCCAGAGCAGAGCAGUUCGCCAAAACACAUGGCAUUGGAAAAGUGUUCGCCUCAUACAAUGAUAUGGCCAAGAGUAAGGAUGUCGACGUUGUCUACAUCGGCGCCCUCAAUCCGGACCACUACAAUCUGUCCAAGCUAUUCCUGGAGUCAGGAAAACAUGUGCUUUGCGAGAAACCGCUAUGCCUAAACUACAAGCAGUCUGAAAGUCUAAUCAAAAUCGCGAAGAGCAAAGGGCUCUUCCUCAUGGAAGCGGUCUGGUCGCGUUUCGCGCCCUCAUACAUCGCCCUAGAGAAAGAAAUAGCUGCCGGAAAUCUUGGGGAUGUCCAAUUUGUGGAAGUCAAUUUUGGUGUGCCCAUUAUCAGCGUUCCGAGAUUAGGCACAAAGAACAUGGGCGGUAGCGCAGUCCUGGAUAUCGGGAUUUACACGUUACAGUUCGCUCAGUAUAUCUUCAAAGAUGAGCCUAUAACAGUAACAGCGCGGGGUGAGCUCAACGAAGAUGGAGUGGAUAUUGUGGACACUGUCAUCUUGGAGUAUGCGGGCGGUAGACGCGCUGUACUUAACAUUAACGCGACAAUCAAGUUGUGGAACAAAGCCACCGUCGUUGGCACUAAAGGCAGAGCCACGGUUGAAGAUCCCUUCCAUUUCCCCGAGGUGUUGAUAAAGGCAGAUGGCAGUGAACAGAGGUUCCCUCUGCACAAUUUAAAAAUACCAUCUAAUUUUGAAAACAGUGCUGGUUUAGUGUAUGAAGCCCUCGAGGUAGCGAGAUGCAUCAAAGAGGAUCUGACUGAAUCGCCGAGAAUGUCACACCGUGACAGCUUGGUCCUGGCUAAACUUAUGGACACCGUGCGAAAACAAGUUGGAGUUAAGUUUGAUGUAGAUGACAAAGAAUUCCCAUGAAGAAUAAAGUUAUAAAUGUUUACAGAGCUUUUAAUAAAUUUAUAAUUAUAAUUUC